AUGGCCUCUCACCACCACCAUCCCCACCCCCACCACCCCCACCACCCCCACCACCACCACCAAACCCCACCUCCCACCACCAUUUGCUGCACCAGCUCCUACAAUAGUUGCUGUUGCACCCAAUCCCACCACCCCUGCUCCCCUCAACCGCCACCACUAGUCACAGACCCACUUCUCCAAGCCAUUGCUUCUCAUCUCAUCCAAUCCAACCCACCAGAUCCCUACUCUUGCCAUCCCAAACUCCGCCACCAAAACCCUCAACCCACCCACAAAUUCCUACACCCAAAGCCUCGUUUGCACCAACAAGAACAGCAAGAAGAACAGCAGCUGCACGCCCACUCAAUUAUCUCCUCCCUCCUCUCCCGCAUCGAAGCCCUCGAAGCCUCUCUUCACCGCUAUUCUUCCUAUCGUUCUCAAUCUUCGUAUUCGCGCUCUCUCAGAGACUCAGCUGCUCGAGUUAUUCAAACCCACUUCCGUGCCUUCCUUGUUCGCAGAUCACGAACCCUCAGGCAGCUCAAAGACCUCGCCUUUAUCAAGUCUGCUUUCAACUCUCUCAAAUCCUCCAUUUCCAAUGAUACCCACUUCGAUUUUCACGCCGUUUCUCAAAAAGCCAUCGACUUGCUUCUUAAGCUCGACUCUAUUCAGUGUGGUGAUCCGAUUGUUAGGGACGGAAAAAGGUCUAUUAGCAGAGAUUUGGUUCGGUUCUUGGAGUUCAUUGAUGGGGUUGUCAUGAAAAGGCAUGGGCUUUCACUGAAAGCAGUGAAGAAUGCGAGGUUUGGUCAAAAUGUUAACAAAUCUAGGGUUUUGCCCACCAAGUGUGAUGAUGUGGGAAGGGAUCAGAGGGAAAUGAUUGGUAAAUUGAGGGAGAGAAUUGAGAAGAUUCGUGGGUUUGCUAGAGUUUCUGAGAAUGAUGAGGAAGAUGUGGAGCUUGAAGGGUUUCAACAUGUCAGUGAUGAAGAUGAAGAAAACCUUAUGACUCGAUUUAAAAAUGGGGUAUUGGUGAAAAGGCAUGGGCUUCAACCUAAGGUGAAGAAAAAUGUGAGCUUUGCAGAGAAUGGGAAUGUGUAUAGGGUCUUUAGCAACUCUGAUGAACCAGUUUCAAGUGGAGAUGGGAGUGAUUCUAGUGAUGAUCAUGGAGAGCUUGUGGAGAACCUUCGCAGUGAGGUUGAAGAUGUUAAGGGCUUUGCUCAGGAGACUGAGGAUGAUGAUGAGGCACACACCGAGAAUGAUGGAUCACCGCAGGCCAGUGAUGGAGAAAGAAACCCCAGAGCCAGAAUGACUCAGAGAAGAGAAGACAUCUAUGAAACCAAAGUCCAUGACCUGAGCCAGAAUGGUUAUUUGCUAUUCUCUGCUCCUUUGCCCGUGAAGAUGGAGUCUAAAGCAGAUAUCAUAAAGAGAAACAAGGCUGUGAAACUAGUAAAAUGA